AUGGCCGCCAUCCCUCCUCUGGCCAUCGGCCGGCUGCGCCCCCGCCCAUGGCUGCCUCUACCUUGCAGCGCGGCCUCUCCUUGGACGCCCCUUGCCAUGCACGGGCCGCCGCCUCUCCCUGGACGCCCCUCGCCCCGCGCGGACCGCCGCCUCUCCCUAGACCCUCGCCGGCGACUGGACGGCUGGGAACAGGACCUCCUCGACGCGGCCGACCGCCCACUGCCGAGCAGUAGCUCCAAUGGCCGCCGUUCCUCCCCAGUUCGCCGCCGGCAGAAGCUCCACUGGAAUGGAAUGGACCCAGUUCGCCGCCUCACGCCGCCAAGACGGCUCCAGGCCCCUCCUCCUCGCGCCGCCACGCCGGAUCCAGGCCCCUCUUCCUCACCAGGCGCGAGCCACAGCUCCGGCCAGCCGCCAUGA